UAUUUAGGUUUAAAAUAUGAAUGAAAUUGACAUAAAAAAUGAUCUAUUCGAUGCCAUUGAAGAAAUAACAACUUCAGGUAAAAUGCAUCUUGAUGAAGCAAGUAUAAAAGUUAUAAAGUUUCAUUGCAAACUAUCAAGCAAAAACAUUAAAAUUGUAUUUAAAAUGUUGUUAAAACAGUUAGAAAAAAAACAUUCUCAGAUUCGCUAUUCAUGUGUCUUAAUCGCAGAUGAGUUGUUUUCUUGUUCGCAUUUAUUUCGAUGUUUGUUAUUAAACAACUUACGAAAGUUUUUUGUUUUAACUUUGGAAACUGAACCACGAAUGUAUCCUUUACCAUUGCCUGCUGGAGUUGCCAAAGAGUUAAAGUUAUUUACUCUGAAUACUUUUUAUGGCUGGUAUAAAAGAUUUUCUAAUGAAUACAGGCGACUUCAGUUGGGAUUUGAUUACUUAAAGAAUGUUAGAUGCAUUGAUUUUUCUGAUAUAUCUAUUAGAUCUUUAGAAUCGAAACAAAAGGUUACACAAGAAAAAGAGAAAGAAGAAAGAAUUAUGAAAACAAAACUUGACAUUUUAGACAAACAGUUAUCUGAUUCUUUUGAAAAUAUAAUGUCAACUCUAAAGCAAUUGGAAGAGUGUUUUACUCUUUUAAUUCCAAACAAUAUUAGUUCAGAGAAUAUAGAUGUGUGUGAUAUGGAUUUAUCCCAAACUAACUUUGUAGAUGGUAAUCUGAGAAAUGAAACUGGUUUGGCUGUUAAAUCUUAUGCUAUAGAUAUUAAACUAAAUAAUGUUCUUAUUGUAAAAGAGGAUUCAUCUAAUAAGGAUAUUAUUAAAUCAAUGCAAGAUUUGUAUACAGAAAGUGUCAAACAAACUGCCCAAGUCAAGAGAUGGCUAAAUGUCCUUACUAAAUAUGAUUCAUCUAAUCAUGAAAAAAUAACCAAAAUAUUGAAAUUAAAAAAUCUGUUGUCUGCAGCACAAGAUAAGUACCAAGAGUUAGAUAUUGUUGAAGAACUUGAUGAGGAAAAUGAUUUUAUUGAUGUGCCAGAAAAGGAAUUUGUUAUAGAAGUUGAAAACACUGAAAAAAAGCCUAGUGCUCAUUGUAAACAAAAGAGAACUUGUGGUUUUAUGCUAAGUAAUGGAAAGCAAUGCUCAAGAACAGAUAGCAUAAAAUGUCCUUUUCAUGGAAAAAUUAUAGAAAGAGAUCUGAUGGGAAUACCUAUAAAUGAAAAGGAUAAGAUUGAGGAGUUAAAGAAGAAACAACAAUAUGAGGCACACCAGCGCAAGAUCAUUGAAAAAGAAAUUGAUGCAGCUCUGGGAAUGAAUCUUUCAAAACAAAAAAAGAAAAAAAAAUUGAGCGAUGCAGACAAACGAAAAGCAAGAUAUUCUCGUUUGAUUAAAAUAAAAACAAAUUUAUUAAAAACAAAGUCAAAAUUUUGUAAUAAAUAAUUUUUAAGUAUUAGAUGGCAUUUUGAAAGUAUUAGUAACAA